AGAAAACACUGAGAGUUGGAGAGAGCGAGAGAGAGGGGAAGGAGGAUGAAGAGGACGGCGAUGGACAACGCGAUUCGAUCAUCGGUGGUGGUUUUGGGAUCAUUGGCGUUCGGGUACAUGUCACUGGAGCUUGGAUACAAGCCUUUCCUUGAAAAGGCUGAGCAAUACGAACGAUUUGUUCAAUCUCAAACCUCUCAGCACCAACAACAACAAGAUGGACAAGAAGAAGCGAGAUGGGACAAUAACAAUAUCGAGGGAUGGGAGGAGAAAAAGUAGAUGACAGAAGAACCUAUGAAUGUGCAAGCAAUGAAGAAACCUUGUUGCUUCUUUUGUUUUCUUGAUCUCAGAUCAUUCUGUAACCGUCAUUCACUCAGUCUUACCCCAAGUAUAGUACAAUUUCUCUAAUUUUUUUUAUGAUGCUCUUAAAAUUGAAGUACUUGCAAGAACAGCAACGGUACACAAUCUCUGUUCUUUACGAUAAUGGCUUAAUCUGAAGCGAACCAUGAACAAUUGUGAAGU